GGUUCCCCUUCCGAAUGUCCGCGCCCCGCAUGCGCAGUCGGCGCCGGCGGUCUCCGUUUGUUUGAACAGGAAGGCGGACAUAUUAGUCCCUCACGGCCCCCCUCGCCCCACCCCCCAAGCACUCGCCGCGCGACUCGCCCUUUCGCCAGCCCGGGCCACAGCUCCUCCCAGAAGCUCCCCCAGCCGCAGCCGCCGGGACCGGACUCUCGUCUCCCUCAUCGCCCCCUCUCCAGCCCGUCCUCUCCCAAGUCUCCAUCGGGCACCGACCUCGCCCUGCCCCGCCGGACACCGCAGCAGCAGCCCCGGCAGCGCCGGGACAAAAUGAGAGACUGAGGCUAUCCCGCGGGGACCAGCUCUUGGCCGAGGCGGAUCGGUGCGUCGGGCCGGGCCAAGUGGAUCCGGGGAUGCAGGGCUAGACCGUCUCCAGCGCCUCAGAGAGGAGCGGGCCCGGCUCGGGGCCCGAGCGGCGGCGGUGGCGGCGGCAGCGGCAGCGGCAGCUGGCACAGCUCCGCGCCCGCCCUUCACUUUCGCCUUUCCUCUUCUCCCUCCCCUGCUGCCCAGAGGAGUCUCCACCCUGCUUUUCUUUCUCUCCCCCCUCCUGCCCAUCUCGGGACCGGGAGCCCUCCAUGGCGAAGGCGGCCGGGGCCCGCUAGACUGAAGCACUUCGCCGGAGCGACGAGGCUGGUGGCGACGGCGCUGUCGGCUGUCGUGAGGGGCUGCCGGGUGGGAUGCGACUUUGGGCGUCCGAGCGGCUGUGGGUCGCCGUCGCCCCCGGCCCGGGGUCUGGAGAGCGGAGAUCCCCUCAGUGAGGGGGAGGAGGGGGAACCGGGCGCACCUGGUGACCCUGGGGUUCCGGCUCCUCCGCCCCGCGGCCGCGAACCCACCGCCGGAGGAAGUUGGUUGAAAUUGCUUUCCGCUACUGGUGCUGGUACGAGGGUAUUGUCACAGUAGCAGCAACAUGUCGACUGGGGACAGUUUUGAGACUCGGUUUGAAAAAAUCGACAACCUGCUGCGGGAUCCCAAAUCGGAAGUGAAUUCAGAUUGUUUGCUGGAUGGAUUGGAUGCUUUGGUAUAUGAUUUGGAUUUUCCUGCCUUAAGAAAAAACAAAAAUAUUGACAACUUUUUAAGCAGAUAUAAAGACACCAUAAAUAAAAUUAGAGAUUUACGAAUGAAAGCUGAAGAUUAUGAAGUAGUGAAGGUGAUUGGUAGAGGUGCAUUUGGAGAAGUUCAAUUGGUAAGGCAUAAAUCCACCAGGAAGGUAUAUGCUAUGAAGCUGCUCAGCAAAUUUGAAAUGAUUAAGAGAUCCGAUUCUGCUUUUUUCUGGGAAGAAAGGGACAUCAUGGCUUUUGCUAACAGCCCUUGGGUUGUUCAGCUAUUUUAUGCAUUCCAAGAUGAUCGUUAUCUCUACAUGGUAAUGGAAUACAUGCCUGGUGGAGAUCUUGUAAACUUAAUGAGCAACUAUGAUGUGCCUGAAAAAUGGGCCCGAUUUUAUACUGCAGAAGUAGUUCUUGCAUUGGAUGCAAUCCAUUCCAUGGGUUUUAUUCAUAGAGAUGUGAAGCCUGAUAACAUGCUGCUGGAUAAAUCUGGACAUUUGAAGUUAGCAGAUUUUGGUACUUGUAUGAAGAUGAAUAAGGAAGGUAUGGUACGAUGUGAUACAGCAGUUGGGACACCUGAUUAUAUUUCCCCUGAAGUAUUAAAAUCUCAAGGUGGUGAUGGUUAUUAUGGACGAGAAUGUGACUGGUGGUCAGUUGGGGUAUUUUUAUAUGAAAUGCUUGUAGGUGAUACACCAUUUUAUGCAGAUUCUCUGGUUGGAACUUACAGUAAGAUUAUGAACCAUAAAAAUUCACUUACCUUCCCUGAUGAUAAUGACAUAUCAAAAGAAGCAAAAAAUCUUAUUUGUGCCUUCCUUACUGACAGAGAGGUGAGAUUAGGGCGCAAUGGUGUAGAAGAAAUCAAACGACAUCUCUUCUUCAAAAAUGAUCAGUGGGCUUGGGAAACACUCCGCGACACUGUUGCGCCAGUUGUACCUGAUUUAAGUAGUGACAUUGACACAAGUAACUUUGAUGACUUGGAAGAAGAUAAAGGAGAUGAAGAAACAUUCCCUAUACCUAAAGCUUUUGUUGGCAAUCAGCUACCCUUUGUAGGGUUUACAUAUUAUAGCAAUCGUAGAUACUUAUCUUCAGCAAAUCCUAAUGAAAACAGAACUAGCUCUAAUGUGGAUAAAAGCUUGCAGGAAAAUUUGCAAAAAACAAUUUAUAAGCUGGAAGAACAGUUGCAUAAUGAAAUGCAAUUAAAAGAUGAAAUGGAGCAGAAGUGCAGAACUUCAAACAUAAAACUCGACAAGAUAAUGAAAGAAUUGGAUGAAGAGGGGAAUCAAAGAAGAAACCUAGAAUCUACAGUAUCUCAGAUUGAGAAGGAGAAAAUGUUGCUACAGCAUAGAAUUAAUGAGUACCAAAGAAAAGCAGAACAGGAAAAUGAGAAGAGGAGGAAUGUAGAAAAUGAAGUUUCUACAUUAAAGGAUCAGUUGGAAGACUUAAAGAAAGUCAGUCAGAAUUCACACCUUGCUAAUGAGAAGCUGGCACAGUUACAAAAGCAGCUAGAAGAAGCCAAUGACUUACUUAGGACAGAAUCAGACACAGCUGUAAGAUUAAGGAAGAGUCACACUGAGAUGAGCAAAUCAAUUACUCAGCUCGAGUCUCUGAAUAGAGAAUUGCAGGAGAGAAAUAGAAUUUUGGAGAAUUCCAAGUCACAAAUGGACAAGGAUUAUUACCAGCUACAAGCUGUAUUAGAAGCUGAACGAAGAGACAGAGGUCAUGAUUCUGAGAUGAUUGGAGACCUACAAGCUCGAAUUACAUCUUUACAAGAGGAGGUGAAGCAUCUCAAACAUAAUCUUGAAAGAGUGGAAGGAGAAAGAAAAGAGGCUCAAGACAUGCUUAAUCAUUCAGAAAAAGAAAAGAAUAACUUAGAAAUAGAUUUAAACUACAAGCUUAAAUCAUUACAGCAAAGGUUAGAACAAGAGGUAAAUGAACAUAAAGUAACCAAAGCUCGUUUAACUGACAAACAUCAAUCUAUUGAAGAGGCCAAGUCUGUUGCAAUGUGUGAGAUGGAAAAAAAGCUGAAGGAAGAGAGAGAAGCUCGAGAGAAGGCUGAAAAUAGGGUUGUUCAGAUUGAGAAGCAGUGCUCCAUGCUAGAUGUUGAUCUAAAACAAUCUCAGCAGAAGCUAGAGCAUUUGACUGAAAAUAAAGAAAGGAUGGAGGAUGAAGUUAAGAAUCUAUCCCUGCAACUGGAGCAGGAGUCAAAUAAGCGACUGUUGUUACAAAAUGAAUUGAAGACCCACGCAUUUGAGGCAGACAAUUUAAAAGGUUUAGAAAAGCAGAUGAAACAGGAAAUAAAUACUUUAUUGGAAGCAAAGAGAUUAUUAGAGUUUGAAUUAGCUCAGCUUACAAAACAAUACAGAGGAAAUGAAGGACAGAUGCGGGAGCUACAAGAUCAGCUUGAAGCUGAGCAAUAUUUCUCGACACUUUAUAAAACCCAGGUAAAGGAACUUAAGGAAGAAAUUGAAGAAAAACACAGAGAAAAUUCAAAGAAAAUACAGGAACUACAAAGUGAAAAAGAAACUCUUGCUACUCAGUUGGAUCUAGCAGAAACAAAAGCCGAGUCUGAGCAGUUGGCUCGAGGGCUUCUGGAAGAACAGUAUUUUGAAUUGACCCAAGAAAGCAAGAAAGCUGCUUCAAGAAAUAGACAAGAGAUUACAGAUAAAGAGCACACUGUUAGUCGGCUCGAAGAAACAAACAGUAUGCUAACCAAAGAUAUUGAAUUAUUAAGAAAAGAAAAUGAAGAGCUAACUGAUAAAAUGAGGAAGGCGGAGGAAGAAUAUAAACUGAAGAAGGAGGAGGAGGUCAAUAAUCUUAAGGCUGCCUUUGAAAAGAAUAUCAAUACAGAACGAACCCUUAAAACACAGGCUGUUAACAAGUUGGCAGAAAUAAUGAAUCGGAAAGACUUUAAAAUUGAUAGAAAGAAGGCUAAUACACAGGAUUUGAGAAAGAAGGAAAAGGAAAAUCGAAAGCUACAACUUGAACUCAACCAAGAAAGAGAGAAAUUCAACCAGAUGGUAGUGAAACAUCAGAAGGAACUGAAUGACAUGCAAGCGCAAUUGGUAGAAGAAUGUACACAUAGGAAUGAGCUUCAGAUGCAGUUGGCUAGCAAAGAGAGUGACAUUGAGCAAUUGCGUGCGAAACUUUUGGACCUAUCAGAUUCUACAAGUGUUGCUAGUUUUCCUAGUGCUGAUGAAACUGAUGGAAACCUUCCAGAAUCAAGAAUUGAAGGUUGGCUUUCAAUACCAAAUAGAGGAAAUAUCAAAAGAUAUGGCUGGAAGAAACAGUAUGUUGUGGUAAGCAGCAAAAAAAUUUUGUUCUAUAAUGAUGAACAAGAUAAAGAACAAUCUAAUCCAUCUAUGGUAUUGGACAUUGAUAAAUUGUUUCAUGUUCGUCCUGUAACCCAAGGAGAUGUGUACAGAGCUGAAACUGAAGAAAUUCCUAAAAUAUUCCAGAUACUAUACGCAAAUGAAGGUGAAUGUAGAAAAGACGUAGAGGUGGAACCAGUACAACAAGCUGAGAAAACUAAUUUUCAAAACCACAAAGGUCAUGAGUUCAUUCCUACCCUCUACCACUUUCCCGCCAACUGUGAGGCCUGUGCCAAACCUCUCUGGCAUGUUUUUAAGCCACCCCCUGCCCUGGAAUGUCGAAGGUGCCACGUUAAGUGCCACAGAGAUCACUUAGAUAAGAAAGAGGACUUAAUUUCUCCAUGUAAAGUAAGUUAUGAUGUAACAUCAGCAAGAGAUAUGCUGCUACUAGCAUGUUCUCAGGAUGAACAAAAAAAAUGGGUAACUCAUUUAGUAAAGAAGAUUCCUAAGAAUCCACCAUCUGGUUUUGUUCGUGCGUCGCCUCGAACACUUUCUACAAGAUCCACUGCAAAUCAGUCUUUCCGGAAAGUGGUCAAAAAUACGUCUGGAAAAACUAGUUAACCAUGUGACCUAGUGCCUUGUGGAAUUGUGUGGGAUGCUACCUGAUAAACCAGGCAUCUUUUACCAUGCAGAGCAGAAGGCUGUUCCUUUGACACAAAUAUCACAGGCUUCAGGGUUAAGAUUGCUGUUAUUCUGUCCUUGCUUUGGCACAAAAGCACACUGAGGAUUGUUUUUUUGUUUUGUUUUGUUUUUGUUUUUUAUUGCGGGUUUGCCUACAGGUAGAUUAGAUUAAUUAUUACUAUGUAAUGCAAGUACAAUUGAGGGAAAGCUUAGCUAGAUAUAUUUUUUUAAAAAGGUGCUGCCUUUUUUAAUUUCUAAGAAAACGCCUGUCAAUCAUGAUAGAACACAGUUUUCCUCAUACGAGUGAGAGGAAGAGACUUUCACUUUCAAGUGGAAUGGCCAUCACUAUCAAGAUCAGCUCAUGGAAGGAGUAAAGAAAAUAUCUCAAAAUGAGACAACUGAAAUUUUUUUUUAAUAACUUCAGUUUUUAUGCUCUUGCAAGACUAUACAAAACUAUUUUAAGAAAGCAGUGACAUCACUUGACUUCAGUGCCCUCACUGUAGAAUUUAAAAGCCUUACUGUUGAUUGCCUGUGGUGGACUUGAUGGAAAAUAAAUAUCUUACAUUAUGCUUUACAAAAUACUGUACGUGUUUCAGCAAGUUUGUAGAUUGGGGAAUGGGAGAAGGCAAAAAAAAAUUACAUUUAAUCUAUGCAUUUUUGCCAAGCCAUAUUGAGUUAUUUUACUACUAGAGACAUUAGGAACUAACUGUACAAAAGAACCAAGUUUAAAAGCAUUUUGUGGGGUACAUCAUUUCUGUAAUUAUAUAAUAUGUUUCUUUGUGGUUUUAAGUGAUAAAGACAUUAAGUUAACAAACAUAUAAGAAAUGUAUGCACUGUUUGAAAUGUAAAUUAUUCUUAGAACACUUUUGAUGGGAGUUGCAUUGCCCUUUUAGUGCCUUAAUUUGAGAGAAUUAUUUUACUGCCAUGACUAAAUAUAAAAAUUUCAAAAAAUAUAUUUUCAGAAAAUUAUGUGUGUUGGGGGUUUUUCAUUGAUAAUUGGCUUAAUUUAAAAUAUUUAGAGGUUUGGUGGACUUUCAUAAAUUGAGUACAAUCUUAGCAUCAAACUACUUGCUAAAAUGAUGAAUGACUUCGUAAAACUCUGCAAAAUAUGUAGAAGGUUGUACCAAUAUAAAAGAAAAUUAUGGCAAUACAUCUGUGAUGUUUUCCAGUUAACAUAGGAAUUACCAGAUAAAUACUGUUAAACUCUUGUUCAAUAGCAAAGGUUGAUUCAUAUGGGCAGUAUGAUUUAUUGUUUAUUUUUUUAACCAAAUACCUCCUCAGUAAUUUAUAAUGGCUUUGCAGUAAUGUCUAUCAAAUAAGAAGCACUGGAAAACUGAUUCGUCUCUAGGAUGAUAUGCAUGUUUCAAGUGGUAUUAAAAGCCGCACUGAUGGAUAUGUAAUAAUAAACAUAUCUGUUAUUAAUAUGCUAAUGACUCUGUGCUCAUUUAAUGAGAAAUAAAAGUAAUUUAUGGAUGGAUACCUUUAAUAAUGACUGCUAUGGUAUUUUCUCAUGACUGAGAUGAAUGGAAGCCAUGCUGUAAAUUAGUCCCUGACUGCAUACAAAUGUUUGUUAAAUUUCAUGACUAAAGUGAAUUUUUAAAAGAUAAAA